GUCCCCGUCUGCAUGCUUACUGUCUUUUCUGCGAUUCGUAAAGAAUUUGAUCAUGUUAAACAAAAUUUAUAAAAGGCGCCCCGAGCGCCAGCAUCUACGAGGAGCUUCCCACGACACCAAGGUAAUACAACGGAGAGGGGAAUGAUACCAUUUUCUGAUGAUCCAGGAGGUGGCUUCUUUGGACAAUUGUCGCGAUCAACGCCUUCAUCACGUCAUCAUCGUCUUCUUCACAAUUCCCGGAUCAACCAUGGCCGACUGCAGAGUUGAAGCGGGUAGAAGUGUGCCAGGAACAACAACAAGGAGUAGGAGAAGAAAAAGACAAGGGAGAACGAUGUCAGGCACUAGAAGGAGAGGUAGUACUAGAGUGUCGAGAGCUCAGCGUCAACAACGUAUGAAGAUUCAAGGUGUCCCAAGAACUACUCAGGAGAAUGCGGAUCUGCGUCCAACGCCACUGCAAGGGGCAGAACAAGAUCGAGAAUUUUCAAUCGAAGGGGCAAAAGCGUCCGCGCAAGGAUGGAGAAUUCCACGGAUGAGCCCGAAAAUUCAGCUUCCUUCGAGUAUAACUAUCCCGAGAAGAAUACGAGAAAUACUUCGACGACAUUUUUCGACCAUAGCUUCCUCACCAACGAAGAUGACAAUGGUCCCGACCUCGAGGAAAAUUCAAUGCAG